CAUGGAACUUCAAACCGCUCUGCGGCUGCGCAGUGGGUUACUGCGCUCACAGCUGUACACAUUGACCCCGAAGAGUCAGAUGCGGAGGUUUGGACAAAUCAGCCCUCAUUCAGAAAUGGAGACUUUGCUAAAAAUUGGCAGGUAGACAUCAGGCUUUCCUUUAUCUUCACUACUACCAGUGUGCAGAAGAUAUCUUCCAUUUUCACAGACACUGACAGCAAGUUAACUACAGCUGUUCACUCCUGCCACUCCCCUUCCAAACCUGCUUCCCUACACACCUCCCUGCCUUAAGUCUUCAGUAUGUAUCAUAUUGUCCCGGUGGCUCCUGGGGAGCAGCAGACAGCCGGGGGAACUGGUGGUUCCCCACUGAAGAAGAAACUGGCUCGUGAAGGUCGGCCCCUGGUAAUGGCAGGCAUGUUAGGCUGUGUGUUGGUGCUGGCUGCAGUUGUUGCCUGGUGCUACUACUCCGCGUCUCUCCGUAAAGCCCGGUUGCUGAAGGCUGAGCUACUGGACCUGAACAAGGACGGAUUUAUUAUUCAUAACCAGACAGGGGCUGUCAUCUUCAGUAUGUCCUUUAGGUCGGGCACUCUGGAUCUGGACUCCUGCUCAAAGGAGGGAAAUGUUCUGAGCUGCACUCAGUCAGAUAGUGGCAAACUCAACUUCUUCAUCCAGACGGUUCAAACUAAAGACACCGUGAUGUGUUACCGUGUUCGCUGGGAGGAGCUGCAAAAUAAGCGCUCAGUGGAGCACGCCAUGGCCUAUAACGACUCUCAUUGGUAUGGAGGGGCAGAGACGGCAACACAGCACUGGCCUAUCAGGAUGCAGGGCGAGAAGGAACCGCAGCCUUUCAUCACCAGUGAUGUCUACUUGAACCGGAAUGCUUUUGGGGGAAUCUUAGAACGAUAUUGGCUGUCUUCAAAUGCGACCGCCAUCAAGAUUAAUGACUCAGUACCUUUUCAUUUGGGCUGGUCAGAGAAGGACAGGACACUGAGGUUCCAGGCCCGAUACCAGGACUCUCCCUUCAGACCCCCAGAGGGUCAGCAGGCCUUACCUGAACUCAGCUAUAGAGUGUGUGUGGGUUCGGAUGUUACCUCUAUUCACAAAUACAUGGUGCGUCGGUAUUUUCCAAAGCCUAUCAAGGUCCCAUCUCCUGAAGUGUUUAAGCAGCCAUUGUGGUCCACAUGGGCUCUCCACAAGACGGCUGUAACUCAGGAGAAGCUGCUGCGCUACGCCUCUGACAUCACUAAGCAUGGCUUCACAUGCUCCCAUCUGGAGCUGGACGACCGCUACACUGCUGACUAUGGAGAGUUUGACUUUGACCCGCAAAAGUUCCCCAAUGCUAGCGGUAUGUUUGACAAACUCCGAGAGGACGGGUUUCAAGUGUCGCUCUGGACACAUCCUUUUAUCAACUAUGACUCCAUUAAUUUUGGCGUUGCCGUGGAGAAAGGACUGUUUGUUCGGGAGCCGAGCGGUGAGCUGCCUGCUCUGGUUCGCUGGUGGAACGGCAUUGGAGGAAUCUUGGACUUUACCAACCCAGAAGCCCGUGAGUGGUAUUCCUCACAUCUGAGUAUGAUCAAAACCCGCUACGACGUGACGUCCUUCAAGUUUGGUGGAGGAGAGACAAGCUAUCUCCCACGCCAGUUUAGCACCCUGGUCCCACUGUCUGACCCCUCCACCUUCACCCGCUACUACACAGAGAUGGCCAUCCCGUUCAGUGAGCGUGCAGAGCUGAGGGUGGGUUACCAGAGUCAGGACAUCUCCUGCUUCUUCAGGAUCAUCGACAGAGACUCUGUGUGGGGUUAUGAGCUCGGCCUCAAGUCCAUCAUCCCGACCGUUCUGACUAUUAGCAUUCUGGGCUACCAGUUUGUCUUACCCGAUAUGAUAGGAGGGAAUGCAUACCCCAACCACACUGCAGGUGGUUUAAAUGGCAAAAAUGUUCUGCCGGACAGAGAGCUGUACAUCCGAUGGUUGGAGCUGUCUGCUUUCAUGCCUGCCAUGCAGUUCUCUAUACCACCGUGGGCCUAUGACAAUGAGGUGGUACAGAUAGCGCAGAAGUUCACAGAGCUCCAUGAAACUCUGGUGGCCCCAAGAGUUCUCGAACUUGCAGGCGAGGUUCUUAAAACAGGAGACCCGAUCAUAAGACCCCUGUGGUGGAUCGCCAACGUUGACGAGGCAGCCUACAAGAUCGACUCCCAGUUCCUGAUCGGGGAUGAUCUGAUGGUGGCUCCGGUGUUGGAGCCAGGAAAGCAGGAGAGGGACAUCUACCUGCCUGCAGGACGAUGGAAAAGCUACAAGGGGGAACAUUUUGAUAAAGGCCCAAUGUACCUCACGGACUACCCUGUGGACCUGGACGAGAUAGCUUUCUUUACAAGGGUUUAUUGAAGACAUAAAGAGACAUUAACUCGCACAUACACAUACUGUAUGCACAUGUACGUUCUUGUGAGCACACAUGCCAGGAAAUUGCAGGAGAUGUUUGUUUUUCAAUGGGAAAUGUCAACUAGGGGAUCUGCUGCCAUAGCAGAGUGUGAUUUUGGUGAAGGUGAACCUCAUGUCUCCUCUGACCUGCUCUUUCUUCGGACAUCUACCUGCAGAUUAUAUCCGUCCGCCCAAAGAAUUAGAAUGAAACUUGUGUUCACUUCUGAUUCUCUUGCUCCAUCCUUAAGCUGAUCCUCAUCCUCAUGUGCCUUCCACACUCAAUGGUGUUUUAAGCCCCCACCCUCGACUUCAAGGCAGCGCUGUGACCGUUGACUUCAAGCCACCUAACCCUA